GUCCCGUAAAUAUGCGUGUUUCGUUUUGGAAGAGAAACAUGGCGCCGAUGGUUAUGGAGCCGGUGCCCCAAGCAGGACUUCAGCAUCUUAUCCCUUCUCAAAAGGGAAUCAAUUUAUCGAUGCUAAUUGAUUUUUUGCUUCAAAAAACUUAUCAUGAUUUAACAGUAUUAUCAGAAUUGCUGCCAAGAAAAUCUGAUAUUGAGAGAAAAAUCGAGAUAAUUCAAUUUGCAACAAAAGCUCGGCAGCAGUUUAUACGAUUAUUAGCUCUUGUUAAAUGGGCAUCAAGUGCAGAUCGUGUUGACAAAUGUCAGGCUAUUUCCUCGUUAUUGGAUCAGCAAAAUGCAUACUUUAUUGAUACUGCUGAUACUCUCGCACGAAUCGCCCGUGAAACUCUUGUACAAGCAAGGUUACCAAACUUCUCUUUACCUACUGCAGUUGAUGUUUUAACAACAGGAACAUUCAAUCGUUUGCCAAAAUGUAUUAAGACAAAAAUUAUUCCAGAUGAUCCCAUUAGCGCACCUGAUAAAACUCGAACAUUAAAGCGUCUAAAUGAGGCGAUCCAACAUCGACUGGUAAUUAGUAAAGUGCCACCUGAAUUCACAAGUAUCCAAAUAGGUGAUGGAAAAGUACACUUAAAAGUUGAACAUGAAUUUGAGGUCAUACUAAUGUUAAUGGGUGUUGAAUCUGAUAUACCUUGGAGGUUAUUAAAUAUAGAAUUUUUGAUGGAAGAUUAUGAAACAGGAGAUGGGAAAUCACUUGUUCAUGGUAUGCAGAUCCAUUACAUCCAUCAAAUAGUUCAAUCAAGAUUAAUGAUAGAAGACAAUCCACUUGUUGAUUUGUUUAACACUUUGCAUUAUUUUUGUGUUUCAUUGCAAUUGGAAAUUCUGCACACACAGUGCAAAAGACUCAUUAUGGAAAGAUGGGGGGAACAUGUUAAAAUUGAAGAAUAUGUGCCGGGGCAGAAACUAGUAGUUUCCUAUUGUCGGUUAAAAACAGGACUUCAGAAAAAUGCUUCACCAUCACCAGCUAUCUCAAUAUUGUUUGAGAAAAAUUCCCUUUUGCUGUGUCAUGUUCCUGAACUGAAACAUGAAGUUGUUACUGAUAAUGAUAGUGGAGUUGUUUUGGCAUCAAACUGUUUGUCGAUUGAGAAGAUAUUUUCCGUAGUUAUUAAACAAUUUGCAUUGUCCAUUUUAAAAAAUCUCUUAAUUACACUAACUGCCAUGCCAUAUUACAAAGAUUCUGUUUCACUGGAUGUCAGCUAUCCUUGUGUGAAUAUUAAACCUUUUUUGAAUUGUACCUGCAAUGAGGUGGUUAGCAUUUCAAUGGAUUCUCGAUCUGGUGUACUUGUGUUGAACGUAUCUGACAAAAUCAAACCAAAAUAUGUACAACAGUUGCAAGCUUUGCUACAGGCAGACAUUGUCAAAUUUGCUUCUGAUUUCCAUCUACUCCGCUGUAUGCUUUAUGUUGAACGAUGUCGACGAUCUGUCACCUUGCUACCAGUGCACAUCCACAACAUUCUUCCGAUCACAAAUUACGCUACUCACCAACUUUCAAAACUCCCUAAUACAAAGCUGUAUCUCCAAUUCAAAAAAUAUAUGAAGUAUUGCAUGGUGGUUGUUGUGGAUGUGGAUCAUUCAAAUCCAUCAAAACCUCUGAUUGAAAAAUAUUAUCUUUUUAAAGUCUCAAAGGAUCGAAAUCAGUCUACUAACGCAGAGCAAGCCGAAUUAAAUUUUUCCCUAUUUGCUGAGCCACUCAUUCGGCUGAAUGUUGGCGCUUUUCACCAACUAAAAUCACAGUCGAAGAAAAAGGAGAAGAAGAGGAAUUCAGAUCUAUACAAAAGAAAGAAGCUACUGGAUGACGUGAAAGUGAUGAACAUCAGGAAAAAAUUAAAAGGAGGAAAAGAUACUUUGUUACCAGUACCAAAAGAAUUCGAAAGCACCGAUUCAUCAUUUAAUACUACGAUUUCCACAGUAGUAGCCUCCAGCUACAUGAGAGUUCCUUUUAUUGAACUGACAGAACAGUUAUCCACAUCAAAAUUUAUAUUUACUGGUGUUCGCGAAGAAGACGACAUGGAUUUUGUAUUACGAAUAUUAAGUAUACCUAAACCAAGUGAUUGCGAUGUAGCUGAUACCUUAUCAUUAUCUAAGCUACUCAUGGAUUGUGCAGUUCGAAUGGACCACGAGUUAAAUCAGUGGAAAGUUUGUUAUACGUUCUCUCCACCGCAGAUACCAUCGUGUUCGCAACUGCAUCAUCGAGAUGUCACAUUUACUUACAAACACAUCGUCAACGAAGAAGAGAAUAAAGAACUCGGUAUAGCCAUCUUAAAUGAUUGGAAAGCUUUAGUACAAAUGUACAAAUAUGCGAAAGAUAUUGACAACAUUUUGUUAGGGCUUGCAACUGUUUCUGGUGUGGAGGAUUUGAUAUUAUUAAAAUACGACAUGAAAUCGUUGGUUUUUACGUACACAAAGGAUAAAAAUUACUUAGUGACAUUCUCAUAUGACAGCGACAACAGCAAGUAUACGAUUAAUUUUACUGAAAUUGGUGCAUCACGUGAUAAAUGUCCACACCACUUGACGCAGAUUCAGCUGAUGAACGAGUUUAACCAGCAUGGGAAUUUGCAGUACAUAAUCAAGAUUAUUCACGACACUUACUCACCAUUGCAAUCUAUCGCCAGUAUAUCCAUCCUACCAGCACUUGGUAUUUCGAAUAGAGUUCUAUCUGUGGUAAAUAAUUUUACGAUCAUUGCUCAUUCGUCAACGCAUGUGAAGAUCAUCUAUAGAAACAUAUACAUUCUGGAUGUUUACUUCAUGGAACACACAGUUCUAAUCAGAGAUGGAACAUUUUACAGAACAGAUUCAACAAAGGCGAUGCGAGGAUUUACGACUAUACUGCAACUUGCUAGCUUUUUACAAUUAUUCGUUGAUAAGAUGCAGCCCAGUAACUUGUUUUUGGGACAUGAUUUUCCUGUUACUCCUGGUGGGACUGAGUUUGAAACUCAAACCGAACACUUCGGUCCUGCUACACAAGAGCGUGCAGCAUCUGCACACAUUUCAUCUCCCUCGCAAUUCACAUCUCCUAGUCCUGGUAAUCCGUACUCUGUUCCCUCUCCAGGCACAUUUCUUCAGCCAUCACCAGCUCCUGCGAAUUUAUCAGCCAUGUCACCGUCUGCCUGGCCUGGAUCACCACCCCUUGUUCAAGGCUCGCCGAGACCUGGAAAACAAGGUUUGAACACGUCUCAAAAUCGUCAACUUCUUUCAAGUAUCAACGUAUCUCACGCACCCGUUCCCGUCGUACUCACGCAUUCAGGAUUUAAGAUGCUAAUGACUCCCGUGGCAACGAAGAAAGUAACGAAACUUUGCCCUCUGGAGAAAUUCUUUGGAUCAGUGUUACUUCGCGCUCAUUUGCUUCGUGUAUUGCGAACAGAUGACACGUUGAAGUUAGAAAAACAAGAGCAUGGCGUAGUUAUCUUUUCCGGUACCGGCAAAAAUGGACCUGACUCCGGUUUACAAUACAGUGUUCGUUUGAAUCCAACUACAAUGGAUUCGCUGAUUUUGAAAAUCACCCCUAUGAAAGGCCAUGAAAAUACUUGGAGCGCUGAUGAUUUAAAAGUGCUGGAACAAUUUUUUGAACUAAAGGUUGUGUGUUCGCUGUACAAAGUUUGUGCUUUGACAGCCUUCGCAAGAAUACUUGGUACACAACCGAAACUCAUGAAGGAUUUCAUUCGGAUUAUGAGAUUGGAGUUGCAAACAGAUUGGAGCAGUUACUUGUUUCGUGUAGAGUGGUGCUUAACUGUUCCUCCUGGUGAUAUGCCCACCAUUGCUCUACCUGGAACUCCUGCUGUCGUAUUAAAAACUAAAAAUUUAAUUUUUCUGCAGUUGACGGACGUGAAGAAUGAGGAAAACAGGGUGACUAUAACGUUAGUCCACGACUUAAAAACCAAUACAGUGCAACUGUUAGAAUUUCCGAAAUUAGCGCCCAACGCCCCACCGGAGCCUGUAACGUGGGCGGUGCGUGCUAGACAGUGUUUGAAGACUCUUUUACAACGUAUAUCUGAACAGAUUUCGAAAAAAGAAUGUCCAAUAUAUUGCGCAGUCUACACCGUAUUGAAGAAUAUGCAUGUGAAAUAAAGUACGAGCAGAAAAAUUGUAAAUACCAAAUACACUCUUUUUUCUAACCCAUGUAAUAUUGACGUAAAUUUAGAAAAUAAUUGAACUCUGUGAA